AUGCGCCCCUUGGCCCGAGUGAUAGUCCGGCACUCGUCCACAAUUCUUCCCCCCACUUCCUUGUCUGCCCCUCCCUGCUUCUUCUCUUCUCCUUCUUCCUUCUCUUUCUCUCCUUCCUCCUGUCUCUCCCGCCCUGCUCUUCUUUCCAGACGCUUGACCUCUUCAUCCCCCACCAUGUCCUACGGCAUCCGCAAGAUUGCCCAGCCGCACACGCUGGAGCACCGCGUGUACAUCGAGAAAGAUGGCGUGCCCGUCUCUCCCUUCCACGACAUCCCCCUCUACGCCAAUGAGCAGCAGACCGUCCUGAACAUGGUGGUCGAGAUCCCUCGCUGGACCAACGCCAAGCAGGAGAUCUCCAAGGAGGAAUUCCUCAACCCCAUCAAGCAGGACACGAAGAAGGGCAAGCUGCGCUUCGUCCGCAACUGCUUCCCCCACAAGGGCUACCUCUGGAACUACGGUGCCUUCCCUCGCACCUGGGAAGACCCCCACAACGUCCACCCCGAGACCAAGGCCAAGGGCGACAACGACCCGCUGGAUGUGUGCGAGAUCGGCGAGCUGGUCGGCUACCCGGGCCAGGUCAAGCAGGUCAAGGUGCUGGGUGUCAUGGCUCUGAUCGACGAGGAGGAGACCGACUGGAAGAUCAUCGUCAUCGACGUCAACGACCCGCUGGCCCCCAAGCUGAAUGACAUCGAGGACGUUGAACGUCACCUGCCCGGUCUGCUGCGCGCCACCAACGAGUGGUUCCGCAUCUACAAGAUCCCCGACGGCAAGCCCGAGAACCAGUUUGCAUUCUCCGGCGAGUGCAAGAACCGCAAGUACGCCAUGGAUGUCAUCCAGGAGUGCUCCGAGGCUUGGGAGAAGCUGAUUACGGGCAAGGCUCAGGCCGGUGACAUCAGCCUCGCCAACUCCACGGUCGAGGGCACCGCCCACACUGCCGACCCGAACCAGCUGGCCGCCAUCCCUCGGGGCGAGAACCUGCCCGCUGCCCCUAUCGACGGCAGCAUUGACAAGUGGUUCUUCAUCUCCGGUGCUGCUGUGUAA